UACCAGUCUGAGCGACAGAGCAGGUAGCGUCGAGGUAGAAUCGUUCCGGUAGCAUUUCUCGCUGGCCGAGGAGCUCCGCUCGGCUAAAAGCCGCUCUGAGCCUGAUAUGACACAUAACUCAUGGUCAGGUUAGAAGCACUGUGCCUACGAGCUCGUGUAUCAGCGCUACUUCAUCAGCUCGGGCUCUAGGUCGGUCGGACGCGCAGCAACGGGCUCCCGUACGGCGCCCUUAUUUCCAUGCCUCUGAGCCCCCCUGCCAUAAUUAGUCGUGCCUCGUGUUGUAAGCUUACAUAUGGUGACUUUGGCACCUUGCCUGACAGCGUUCUUGAGCCACAAAGCGCAACACACAAAUUGCUGCGCCACCUUCACUUCAAGACCUGCCAGCUAAAUUUCAAGCGGUGACCAACACAUAUCAUCACGCAUUUGCUUAUACAAGGCAACGGUACCUCAGGACAGUUCUUCUUCGCUCAAACUCGAAGCGACUAAACACGAUGGCUCGGCGCAGCUUCCAGCGGCGAUCACUACUUCUACUUGCGGGGAUGGCCUGUCUUGCAUUGCUAUCUACAGCGCAAGCGGCCAGCGGGCGCGCCCUCCUUGGCAAGAAGGGCCCCGCCCCGAGCCCCAGCCCCAUCCCCGCGAACGCCCGCAAGGGCAUGGGCUGGGUCGGCGACCAAUUCACGAUUGCCCGGACAACCAAGUGCGACUCAACAUUCUACCAUUCCUCGCUGACGCUCAACAUCACGCGGCCCGAUCGCUGGUCGUUCUGCUUUGACAUCGCGACAAUGCCCGCCAACGGCAAGUACGCCUGCCACGCCGCGCCCACCGCUGGCCAAGUCGACAUCGUCCAGGUCCUCUCCACGGCCGCCUGCUCCAGCUCCGUAAACUCGGUGACUGUGGACGGCAAGGCCUGGGAGGACUUCUCCUUCGGCAAGACCACCAACAUCCUCUCCAUCAACAAGCUCGCAUCCGCGCCCCUGCCCGCCGGCGGCCAGCUCUCCAAGCACACAGUCUGCAUUGCUCUGGACGCCACCGCCACUGCCUGCAACUCCAUCAACGAGUUCUGUGCCCCCACCUACGGCCCCAACCCCAACGUCUGCGGCGUGCUGGUCUCCGACGCCGUCUCCAAGUCUACCGGCGAGUCAAGCUGCUGCCCCGUCUACCGCGCCAGCUUCGGCGACGUGCCUGUGCAGGCCAGCUACACGUUUCGCGUGAGCGCCCGCUUCACAGGCACCGGCAUGAACUGCGCGCUGCUUCAGAAGAAUGAGAACAUCAGCGCCCAAUUCACACAGGCAAUCCUGACCGCCUACGGCAAGGCCCUGAGCAUGCAGCCCUCCCAGUUUGAGGCGCUGCUGACCAGCUGCAGCAAGCGCACCUUCGCGGGUGUCAUCAAGAUGACUGGCCUCACUGACCCGGAUGCCGUGCUGAAGUCCUCGGCCGUCUACCUGAAGACCGUGGGCAAGACGCUGGGCUUUGAGCGUGUCAAGGCCGUGCCCUACGUGCCGUCGCCACCUGCCUCUCCCCGCCCCAAGAGCCCCAAGCCCGCCCCCUCGCCCACCCCCAAGCCCGCGUCGCCGUCGCCCUCGCCCAAGAGCCAGGGUUUCAACGAGACCAACGUGCCCACACCCUCGCCGGUCGCCGGCCCCUCGCCCUCGCCCGCGGCCUCGCCCGCCCCUGUGCCCACACCCUCGCCGGUCGCCGGCCCCUCGCCCGCCCCCACGCCCGUGCCUUCCCCGACCGCCAACGGCCCCUCGCCUGUGUUCGGCCCGUCGCCCACCCCCAGCCCCGCCGCCGGCCCUUCGCCUGCUCCCACGCCCUCGCCCGCGGUCUACCCCAUCGUGCCUCAGGCAAACACGCCGCCCUCGCCGGUGCCUAGCUACGGCGGCGCGCCGUCCCCCUCCCAGCAGCAGUCGCCGGCGCCUAGCUACGGCGGUGCGCCCCAGCAGGGGUAAAGCAUGACUACGAGUGUGUGCGUGACGCAGCUUACUGCAUUGGCAAUAGACGUGUUGAUGCGUGGUUCGGCGUGAGUCAUUUGAGCCUAAGCGGGUACAUUGUGUCUGUGAAUGUGGUAAGUAGCGGACAUAUGGUUUGGACAUUGGCAGGUUUGUUGCGAAUGUGCUUCGGCUGGCUAACAGUUUGGACCCAGAUGUCAAACGGCGGAAAGGCGCAAGGUAUGUCAACUAGGUGGGCCCCUUUGCUGCCGCCGCCCAUACGGCAUUCAUUUGUUUCUUAGCAACCGCACUGCCCUGAUUGAUGACGGACAACUGAACUGAUUAGUCACCGCCUAGAUUGAUUACUAGCAGGGCGGCAACCUAGCAAACCCGGCACAGCCCGGAUUUCAAGACGACCUAGUUUGGCCGCCAAGUGCGCGCCCAGCAUAGUGAACUGCUCGCAUCAUUGAGGCUGUUGCGUAAACAGCCGGGCUUCAGCUGGUGGGAGGAUCACGGCUGCAUAGCGAAUGUUGGGUCUCAAGA